AUGGCCAUCACUUCCAACGAGCCCAGAAUAACUGUCAGCCUCUCAGACAGGCAUGGGGACAACCACACUGCAGUCCCAGAAUUCCUCCUCUUGGGACUCUCUGGGAGGCAGGAGCAGGAGGAGGCUCUCUGCAGGCUCUUCCUGUGCAUGUACCUGCUCACCAUCCUCGGGAACCUGCUCAUCAUCCUGGCCAUCAGCUGUGACCCGCACCUCCAUACGCCCAUGUACUUCUUCAUAGCCAACCUCUCCAGUGUGGACAUCUGCUUCUCAUCGGUCACAGUCCCCAAGGUGCUGGUGAAUCACGUAGUGGGGAGCAAGUUCAUCUCCUACCCACAGUGCAUGACCCAGAUCUACUUCUUCAUCACCUUCAUCAACAUGGACGGCUGCCUCCUGAGUGCGAUGGCCUGUGACCACUAUGUGGCCAUCUGUCUCCCACUCCACUACACCAUGAUCAUGAGGCCCAGGCUCAGUGUCCUCCUGGUGGCCCUCUCCUGGGUCAUUACAAACCUGUGUGCUGUCUUGUACACAUUGCUCAUGGUUCAACUCAAAAUUUGUUCUAACACUAUGGACCACUUCUUCCGUGAUCCCUACCCUAUCCUGAAGCUCUCUUGCUCUGGCACCUUAGUCAAUGACCUGAUGACCUUCAUUGAGGGUGGGGUGAUAUUUCUGACACCAUUUACAUGCAUUGUUGUUUUAUACACCUACAUCUUCUCUAAAGUGCUGAAGUUGCCAUCAUCACAUGGGAUAAGGAAAGCCCCGUCCGCGUGUGGGUCCCACCUCACUGUGGUCUCCCUCUUCUAUGGGGCAAUCCUGGGGGUCUAUAUGCACCCUUCAUCCUCCUUCUCCAUGCAAGACAUGGUGGCCUCUGUCAUCUUCACAGUGGUGACACCCUUAGUUAAUCCCUUUAUCUACAGCCUGAGGAAUCGGGACAAGAAAGCAGCCCUGAGGAAGCUAAUUCUCAGAUCCCAGAAUUAG